ACGCUUCGAGGGUGGUGCGCGCCAGCCUCCAGCUUUCCCACUCGCUCUGCCGAAGUUCGCCCACUCCCGCCUAUAGCUUCCUCACGUAGCCUUCUCCCCGCCCUAGCACCCCUCUCUUGAAGUCCAUGGGCUCCCUCCUCCAGCUUCACCACUAAGUCUCCCCGCCUAGCACCCUUCUCCUGAAAUCCAUGGACUCUUGCCUCCCAUUUAGUUCCCCUUCCUCUGCACAACAUCCUUCUCCCAAAGUCCAGAAUCCCUCCUCCAGUUCCCCCACUUAACCUCCUCCCCUACGGUACCCCGCUCCCUGAAAUCCACGGACUCCCUGCCCUCCUCUAGCUUCCUCACCUAGACUUCCCACCCCCAGUCCUAGCACCCCACUUCCGAAGUCCACGAACUCCGGGAAAUUCCGCUUGGGGGUCUGGCGCCAGCACAGGUGUCCGAGGUCAUAAUUCAGUGCAGACCACAAGAAAGGUUACAAAAUGUCAUACAGACGAGAACUAGAAAAAUACCGGGAUCUGGAUGAAGAUAAAAUCCUAGGAGCACUAACAGAAGAUGAGCUUAGGACACUAGAAAAUGAAUUGGAAGAACUAGACCCUGAUAAUGCACUAUUGCCUGCAGGACUGAGACAGAAGGAUCAGACCACAAAGCCACCUACAGGCCCAUUUAAAAGAGAUGACCUUCUGGAUCACUUGGAAAAGCAAGCUAAAGAAUUUAAGGAUCGAGAAGAUCUGGUCCCCUACACAGGAGAAAAAAGAGGGAAAGUGUGGGUCCCCAAGCAAAAGCCAAUUGAUCCUGUUCUGGAAAGUGUAACGCUAGAACCAGAGUUAGAGGAGGCUCUGGCCAAUGCGUCUGAUGCAGAACUGUGUGACAUCGCAGCUAUUCUUGGCAUGCAUACUCUGAUGAGCAACCAGCAGUACUAUGAGGCUCUUGGAAGCAGCUCCAUAGUAAAUAAAGAAGGCCUAAACAGUAUUAUUAAGCCAACACAAUAUAAACCAGUUCCUGAUGAAGAACCAAAUUCAACAGAUGUAGAGGAAACCCUGGAACGAAUAAAGAAUAAUGACCCCAAACUUGAAGAAGUCAAUCUCAAUAAUAUCCGGAACAUUCCCAUACCGACUCUAAAGGCGUAUGCAGAAGCACUGAAGGAAAAUACAUAUGUGAAGAAAUUCAGCAUUGUAGGAACAAGGAGUAAUGAACCCGUCGCAUAUGCACUAGCUGAAAUGCUGAAGGUUAAUCCUGUAUUGAAGAGCCUUAAUGUGGAAUCAAACUUCAUUUCUGGAUCUGGUAUCCUGUCCCUGGUAGAAGCCCUUCAGCACAAUACUUCAUUGACGGAACUGAAAAUUGACAACCAGAGCCAGCCCCUGGGAAACAAGGUGGAAAUGGAGAUUGUGAGCAUGUUGGAACAAAAUACAACUCUUUUAAAAUUUGGAUAUCAUUUUACACAGCAAGGCCCUCGGCUCCGGGCUUCUAAUGCCAUGAUGAAUAAUAAUGACCUUGUGAGGAAGAGGAGGCUGGCGGACUUGACCGGGCCCAUUAUUCCCAAGUGCCGAAGUGGCGUGUAGUUUGUGGAGCUGGAGACUAUGCCUUUAAAUAGGAUAUCUGCUGAGAGUUUGUGCUGUAUGAGAGAACCUAUAGAAAAAACAAAACAAAAACACCCGCACAGUGUAUUUUUUGUGGUUCAGUUCUGUAUUGCAUCUUUAUGCACUAAAUGUUUUAAGUUAACUAGUGGUUGUAGUUGAAGAUUUUACAAAAUGUGGUUAAUGUGAAGUUUUCUUUAGUCAUAGAAAUUCAAGAUGGUUAUUUUUUAAAAACCUGCUGAUUUCAUGGAAGAAUACAUAAUAGUACCAAAGCAACUUAACCCCACAAUAAUGUUUAUAUUCUCUUCCUGGGUGGUGUUUGGGGUACAUUUAGGUUGUGUUAUGCAUGAACAAACAACAAACUGUCCCACUGGUUUUAGAAGCAUUAUAAAAUACUUUAUUUUAAAACUUGAUCUCAAAUCUCUAGCAAAUAUAACAAUUUAAUAGUCAUUGUUAUGAUUCUUUUUAAUUUUAAGAAUUUAAUUUCAGAAUUGCACUCAACAUGUGGAAGAGCUCAAAAACAUGGAGAGUUUCUAAUUCCUCUAGAAAGGCAGGAGCGGUAAGGCCACAGAUUCUUAACAGCAGUCACAGUUAUUGAAAAACACAAAACAAAACAAAGAGGUUUUUUGAGUGUUUGGAAGUGAUUUUUAAAAUCUGUAUUAUAAAGUUCAGUCUCCAAAUCUGCCUCUUUCUUUCUCAACCCCAAUUCUUCUUUAAUUUUUCUUUAAUAAAAACAACUUUUAUGCAUUUACCAAUUAACAUUUAAGUUAGAAAAGAUUUUCCCCCUUUAUUAAAUGUCAGUUUUAUGAUAGAGAAGAAAACCUGUAGACAAAUAAAUUCUUUACAUUACGUAAUGCUGAAGGCUAGAUGGAUGAACAAAAAGUGGAAUGAUAUAACAGACAACCUAGGAAUAAACAUCCACAGAUUUUAUGGUGGGAAAGCUUAUAGACAACCUACAUCUAACCUUUCCUUUAUCUAAACAAAUGACCACUUGAUCUGAUUCCAGGUAUAAAGUUAAAUUUUGAAAGACAACACCAUCCUUUAGGUCUAGAUAUGUAAAAAAUGGAAAAUAGGAAGAACCUGGCUAAACUAUAUAACAACAUGUAGGCUAACUGGGAACAUUUCUGAAUGUCUGCUGGUUUUGUCACAUUGUGCAUCUCUAGGGAUCAAGCAAAAAUGGUUCUUAAACAAACCUCCUAUCCCAUCAAUAGAAAUAAUGCAAAGCCCAGAAGACCUUGUGCCUUUUAAUAUGCCAUAGUGCCAACUAAACUAAUAUUUUUAUUGCCUUUGGAAAGACUUAUAAUUUGUGAUUUAGUAACUCUUAAGAUAAGAGCAUGCCAAAAAAAGCUGAAGAGUUCAGAAUGGCUUGCAGAAUUCUGAGAAAAGGGAGGGGUUAUUUUUGUUUCAGUGGCUUUUGAAGAAAAAUACUUUAUAUAUUUAUAUAUAUAUUUGUAUUUAUUUAUCUAUAGUACAAGGUCAUAACAGAUGGAGCCAGAAUAUUAUCAUUAUGGGAAGAAUGUAUAUUGAGCCUCAAAAGAUGGCCCAGAAAGAGCACCAUUCUGCAGGGAAUUGUUGAAACCACUCUUAAUCACUGUAAGCUACAAUGUAACAUUAAAUCAGUUGGUCUUAUGA